AUGAACCGCGUCCUCUCUUCGUUGGGAUGCUUAGUGGCCCUCAGAGAACCUAGGGAGACGACGGGCAAGACCACGACGAGACGGGAGGCAGGCGGAGUAUCAUGCACGCGAGACGACUCUGGAACCGACGUGCCAUACCGCAUCCUUCCUCACUUCCACGAGGAGACCAAGGCCUACCUUCGGGGCAACACCGAUGUUCUCGACAGGCUACCUGCAGUGAAGGCUACGGCCUUGGAGAGAGCCAAUCGGUCGGUACCCCAAAUGCCACUGGGGACAACCGAAGCGCAGGGCAAUGCCGGGUCGGCUCGGCUCCGGGCAGCGACGUUUGCCCGGCUGAGAGAGCGGUGGCGGGAAGCGCGCGGGGGAGUGCUUCAUGCUUCUGGAGCUACUGGCCAGCCGACAUCAAGGAGGAGAGCACGAGGAGCGGCGCCGUCCGCUGCCGGACUUGCCGACCACAAGCCGCAGAGCAUCGAAUCGCGUAAUCUCAACACCGCAACUUUAGUGACUCCAGGUCGCUACCCCGUGUACGACGGACUGCGGAGCUCUCCGCCCUUCGCUGGCGCCCACAGCUGGAAGCUCUACACGGGCCCCUGUUUCGACACACAGUCACCCCGAAAGAGUAAGAAGAAGAGCAGCCUUGAGAACCUCGAGAGCGAAAUUGAGCAACCGUCUCCGCGACUUGAACUCGUGACAAAGGCGAGAGGCGACAGGAAAAGAGGCGCAACGAGGUAA